AGUAGUAGUAGCAGUAGCAGCGGAAAUUGGUGCAGUUGACUUAUGGGGCAGAUGGUGGAAUAUUAAUGGAGUACCAAUGUAUUUUCCCAUAAUCAUUCCACAAUGCUUUUGUGGGGAGUGUCAUUAUUGCAUGCUGUUUUGGCUUCAUUCUCUUGCCCACUCAAUAAAAUCCCAGACUACUUCCAUAUGUUCUUCCUAUAAAACUCUUACACUUGCAUAUCUAUCUAUCUAUCUAUCUAUCUAUCUCAAGUCUGCAUUUUUAAAUAAACAACUAUUAUUAGUGAGAAAAAAUAUAUAUCUAUAUACCAAAACCAUGAUUCCUCAUCAGAUCAAGAUCUUUAUCCUCCUCUGCCUACUCAUUUUGUCAUUUUCAGGAAGAGUAGACAGCUUCAAGAAUGGUGUGGAGCCCAUCGAUAACCCAAGUGGUCAUGAGGUGAUGAAUAUUAUCCAGAUAAAGGGAAGAAAGCUUAUAAAAGUAGAAGCAAUGCUGGAUUAUCAACAGCCAGGACCCAAUCCUACACAUGAGCCACGUAAAGGAAAAGGAGGUGGUAAUCCUUGAUCAUCAUUAGCAGGAACUCAGCCUCCUCUCUUCUCUCUUCUUGGAUAUUUUAUCUAUAUAUAUAUAUAUAUAUACAUAUAUAUCAAGCUCUUUCCUGCAGCCUUCCAUUGACUUGAUGAGAACGAGGAAGAGAAUUAUUCAUGUUUGCACUUCCUGUGGCUAUGAGUGAAUGAGUGAGUGAAUAAGUGAGUGAAAGAGAGAACAAAGAGAGAGAGAGAGAGAGAGAGAGAGAGAGAGAGAGAGAGAGAGAGAGAGAGAGUUAUGCAUGUAUGUGUGCACUUUCCAUGGCUAUGAGUGAUCAUCAGUACUGGUAUUUAUUUUGGGUGUCAAACUGUAAAUACAAUCAACCUUUUUUUUUUUGGUGAGAGAAUUUAAUUCUUAAUUGGUUUGGUAUUUGAAUGUAUUAUCAAAACUGAAUGUAUUGCACGCACUUCUGGCA